AUGAGUGGACAGGACGUAGACUACAGCACACUUGAGGUAGAUAGGAGGGCGCCUCUGCCUGAGGUAGACAGAACGUCCAAUCUACCUGAGGUGAAGCCAGGCGACGACCCAGAGGCGCUUCCUCAGCCAGCCGAAAGGGACCUACCAGAAGCGAUCCAUGUCGAUAAUCAGCAAGAGAAGACCUACUGUGGAUUCCAGAGAAAGACUAUAGCGAUCACACUUCUUCUGGCCAUUCUCGUCGCCAUUGGUAUAGGCGUUGGUGUCGGAGUGGGUGUGACCAGGAACAGAGACUCGAACAAAGACUCGAGCAACAAUACUGCGGCUAAUCAACAUGGAAUUCUUCCCAACUCUAGCCUUGCAGCCGCAAACUACACCGAUACAAGCGGCAUAGAGCAUGCACAAGUCUUUUUCCAGGACAAGUCGUCGCAGAUUUACAUGGCGGAUCGAAGUAUUCCCAGCAACGAAUGGGCGCUUUCAUCUGUUAAAGCCCAAGGAAAUGCGAGCCAUCCAAAGCUUGGGACACCGAUUGCAGCAUACAACUUCUACUGGGCCACUACUGGAAACACCGACAACCAAACCGACUUUCAUUGCAUGUUCAUGGAUAACAGCAGUACCAUCAGCGGAGUUUUUUCCAGUAACCAAAGCCUCGACUGGCAAACAGAUGGGAAACUUUCCCCUGGAUACAAUGCCAAUCCGAAUGGAAGAAUGCUCGCCACAUACAUUCGCCAAUGCACUGCGGACACAUGCAUUACCCUUGAUUUAUUCGCCUUCCUGGACGAGGAGAACAGUUUCAAAAUCAGACAACCUUUCAAAUCCAUCACCAGCGUUGUCGAUGUUGCGACAAUAACGGUGGAUCCAAAUACAGUGGUCGCUUUUCUACCCGUGCCACAGGUUACUGCGAUAAACGAUACCGACUUACACCUAGCCAUGUAUUUCCGCAACACGGGUGGAAGUUUGGUUGAGUUGUACAAGGACAGCGAGGGAGAGUGGUACAAGACUAAGAUGAGAUCGGAUUUACCACUUGACAGCGGCUGCAACAUUGCGGCAUCGUCCAAACUUGACGACAACUUGCUGCUCAAUGUACAAGUCCUAUCCUCCAAGUCAUCUGGAGGCGUGAGGAUGGCUUUUUUAAACGGCACAGCAUGGAACUCUGUCGGUUCUGUCCAAGGAAUGGAGAAUGUUUUGCCGCUCUCGCCGAUCAGUGCUACACAGACUGGUAAGGUAUUUGCAUUCGAAGAGGGCCCUGCGAUUGUAGAAUGGGCCCGAGUGGAUGGCUCGCCUCCAAGCUUUGAUCGUGUGGGGGUUAUCAACACGACAAUCACGGACUGA